AUGCCGUCUACAAGAUGUGACAAUGGCGGUUUUGGGCUCAACUGUACUCAAAGAUGCCCAGUCAACUGUCUGAAUAAUACAUGUGACCCUUUCAAUGGAACCUGUCAGGCGUGUGAGGCUGGAUUUACUGGUGAAACAUGUAACACGAUGGCUUAUGUAAAGUAAGUUUUUUUCACCAUGUGUUGUUGAUCUCUCAAAGUUUGCCCUGAUGGAGCUUGGGGUAUCAACUGUACUCAGAAUUGUAGUAGUAACUGUAAAAAGGAAUCCUGUAACAAAACAGAUGGACUAUGUCCAGACGGAUGUAAAGCUGGAUAUAAGUCACCUAACUGUACAGAAGAUUGUGAUAAUUAUCACUGGGGAGAAAACUGUCAAAAUAAUUGCAGCAGCAACUGUCAGACUGAAACGUGUGACAGAUUUAAUGGCACUUGUCACAGUGGCUGUCAAGCUGGAUACCAACUUCCUAAUUGCACUGAAGAAUGUGAAUCAACAAAAUUUGGAGGAAAUUGUACCAAUGAUUGCUCCAUAAACUGCACUCAUCAGCAUUGUCAUCAUGUCAAUGGGACAUGUCAUACGUGCAUCCCUGGCCACAGAGGAGAACAAUGUGAUCAAUAUUGCAAUGAAACAACUUUUGGACAAAACUGUUCCUCCCCAUGUUCUACCAAAUGUACUGAUCAGAAAUGCGAUCCUAUCAAUGGAACUUGCAACGCUUGCGAUCCUGGUUACCAUGGAGACUUGUGUAAUGAAACAUGUGAGCCAACAACGUUUGGAGAAAAUUGUGCCGCUAAUUGCUCCUUGAACUGCGUCAAUCAUACUUGUCACCAAGUCAAUGGAACAUGUCACGAGUGCUAUCCUGGUUACAGAGGAGAACAAUGCGAUCAAUUAUGUAAAAAUACAAAAUAUGGACAAAAUUGUUUGAAGAAUUGCUCUAUCAACUGUACUCACCAAAAUUGUCAUCAUGAUAACGGAAGUUGUAUUUCGUGUGAUCCUGGUUACCAUGGAGAUUUGUGUACAGAAGAGUGCUCAAACAAAACAUACGGUCAUAGCUGUGCCAAGACAUGCAGUGCUACAUGUAAAACCAAGUCCUCUGUUACCUGCCAUCAUGUCACGGGGCGAUGCCUCACUGAGUGUGAAGACGGUUACUCGGGGCAAUUUUGUGAAAGCCAAGACUCUGGUCUAGACUCGUCUCAAGUUGGCGCUAUUGUUGGAAGCAUUAUGGCCGUCAUCCUUGUCGCUGUGCUAGUUGCUGUGGGGGCAAUACUUUGGAAGCGCAGAUAUCAAAAGAAACCAGAAACCACUAAAAGUGAUGAAGUUAUGCACAUGGACAACAUACGAGAGAAGGCUGGGCAAGACACUGCGGGAGAUUCAACGUAUCUGAAUGUAGCUGGGAUGGCGACAAACACGAAGAUUGCUGUCGAAGCUCUAAAUAAAUACAUCCAUUCUCACUCAGAUGCCUUUUUUACUGAACAAUAUAAGUACUAUCAAAUGUAUAAUAUAAAAUGUAGAUUCAUUCUUCCAAUGCAUACACACAUUUCAGACGAUCACUCCCGAGUUCACUUGAAGAUCAACACAAACAAGUCGGAGGGAGACUACAUCAACGCCUCCUACGUCAGAGACAGUCACAACGACGUGAAAUUCAUUGCGGCUCAAGGACCAUUCGGUGCAGUGGUGAACGACUUUGUCCGAAUGUUGUGGGAACAGAAAGUUGAGAAAGUGGUCAUGCUGACAAACUUGAUCGAAGAAGGAAAACCAAAGUGUGACAAGUACUGGCCAGACAGUGGGAACACGUCGUUUGGAGAGAUUACGGUCAAACUAAAAGACACACAAAUACUCGCUGACUACGUGAUCAGGAAAAUAGAACUGGAAAAGAGCGAUGCACCUACUCAAAUUUUGACUCACUAUCACUUCACUUCCUGGCCUGAUCAAGGCGUGCCCGUGACUCCCUGGGCUCUGGUAGAUUUUGAACAACGAGUUGACAUCAACAGCAGUACAGCACCUGUUAUUGUACACUGUAGGUGA